UCCAGCCUUCUUUCCCAGAGCUCCCUAACCAUGACUGUGUGCUAACAGAGCUCUUCAGAGACACAGAGCACUGUUUAAAGUCAGUACUUGCCUUUUUCAUACAUUAUCUGUCCAGCAACCAGGCACAGUCAUUUUGGAUAUUUUUAGGGAUAGAGAAUCCUUCACAGGAAAACUUAAGAUGGCACAUGCUCGUAUCUCAGCCAACCUCCCCCCUGAUAUAGAUCCCACAAAAGCUCCCGUUGCAUUUGGACAGAGGGCCCUUCCCAAACUGAACGAGGAGUUACAGUCUCUGGAUCUCCUGACUCAGCAGCGGGCACUGAUGGCCCUCUGCGACCUGGUCCACGACCCGGAAAAAGUCUAUCAGGCCAUAGCAGUAGGAUUCUUGGAUAACCUGAAGACUUUGCUGCAGCAUCAUGACUGUAUUGUCCGACAAAAAACAACAGAAAUCCUCUAUAUAAUGGCUAUGCAUAACAUCGGCAGGCAAGGGCUGGUACAGAAUGGAAUCAUUUUUGCCCUCAUUGAACUCUUGGAUGAUCCAGAAGAUAUCUGUCGGAAGAAUACGCAUCAGGUUCUUGAAAUGAUGGCAAAAAUACCCGAAGAGCUGGUUUUGCGCUUCUAA